AGUAGAUCCGGUCGGGGCAGGUUCUGGAGCGAAAUCAGAGAGGGGGGCCAGAGGCGCACGGUACCACAGCCAGGACCACUUUGGAGCUUCUGCAACGAGAAGCACGGCAACAGGAGAACCAACCGAGCGCCUCAGUGUUCCGCGUCAGAGCAAGACGCGCAAAAAGUGGAGCGAAGACACGCGCGGCGAUGACACUCCAGUAACGAGGCGCGCUUUUCUCAGUCCGAACGCGAGAGGAUCCUGUUCGAGUUCCCCGCGUAUACGUCCAAGAUGAGGAAAGAGGCGAAGAGGCUGCCACGGCUCGCGGUGCCGCUGCUGCUGCUCGCCCUGUACGCCGCCGUGCAGCAGACAGACUCGGCGGCUUGCCAUGGAUGUGCAGGAUCCAAAUGUGACUGUAGUGGAGUCAAAGGAGAGAAGGGUGAGAGGGGUUUCCCAGGCCUUACCGGACAACCGGGAGUGCCGGGAUUCCCGGGACCUGAAGGGCCAAUCGGAUCCCGCGGAGAGAAGGGUAGUGAUGGACCUAUGGGCUUGGCUGGCCCAAAAGGAAUAAGAGGACCUCCCGGAUUGCCAGGAUUCCCAGGAACACCAGGACUUCCAGGUCUUCCAGGGCAGGAUGGAGCUCCAGGCCCAAGAGGAACGCCAGGAUGCAAUGGGACAAAAGGUGAAAUCGGCUUCCCGGGAACAUCCGGAAUACCAGGACAACAAGGACUACCGGGUCCACCUGGUCUUCCUGGUCAGAAGGGUGAUCCUGGUGACGUGAUCUCUACUAAUCGCUUUGGGGAGAAAGGAGCUGUGGGAUUUCCUGGACUGCCAGGAGUACCCGGUCCUCCAGGACCUGCCGGGUACCAAGGUCCAGUCGGCGCUCCAGGACCGAGAGGCUUUGAGGGUCGACCAGGUCCUCCUGGUCCUCCUGGACCUAAGGGAAACAUGGGACUGAACUUCCAGGGACCCAAAGGAGAGAAGGGCGAACCUGGUUUACCGGGCCCUGCUGGGCCACCGGGGCAAGUCGGGGAACAGAAGAGGCCAACUGAGACAGAGAUUCAAAGAGGAGACAAGGGUGACCCAGGGCUUCCAGGCCUCCCUGGUGAUCCUGGCUAUCCAGGUCCCCCUGGUAUCCCUGGUGGCCAGAAAGGAGAAAAAGGAGAACCGGGAGAAGCAGGCAAACGUGGCAAACCAGGCAAAGAUGGUGACCCUGGUCCACCAGGCUUCCUUGGUCUCAAAGGAGAGCCAGGCCUGCCAGGUCCUGCUGGCAGGGAUGGAGAGAGAGGUAUGAAAGGUGAACGUGGAUUUCCAGGUCCUCCAGGAGUGGUUAUUAGCGGGCAGACAGGAGCACAGGUGGGUCCGAAAGGUGAGCCCGGGUUCCCUGGAUCGCCUGGCUUCAAAGGAGACAGAGGACCAACAGGUUUACCAGGUCCUCCUGGAGCACCAGGAAUUCCAGGUGGUGGCGGAGGUGGUUCAUCUGGACAACCAGGCUUCCCAGGAGAGAGAGGUCAGAAGGGAGACACCGGCAGUCCGGGUCUCUCUCUUCCAGGUCCUCCGGGCCGCCCUGGAGGACCUGGUCUGCAAGGACCACCAGGGGCCCCUGGACCUCCAGGGUUUUCCAGCGGUGGACAAAACUGUAUCCCUGGCAAUCCUGGACGUGCCGGCCUACCGGGAGAGAGAGGUUACCCAGGAGAGGCGGGCCAGAAAGGUGAAAAGGGUGACACCUGUGUCAACUGCUUUAGUGGCGGAAGUGGUAUCCCGGGGCCUCCAGGUCCUGCAGGACAACCGGGAUUCCCAGGAAAUCCUGGCGGCCAAGGUAUUAAAGGAGAAAGAGGAUUCCCUGGAACACCUGGCCAAAGUGGGCCACCUGGUCUGCCUGGUUCUCAAGGUCCUCCAGGAUUCCCAGGAGAGAAGGGAGAGCCAGGUGAAGCUAUCUCUGGAGGCGGCGCGAGGGGUGAGAAGGGCGACACUGGAUUCCCUGGACCACCUGGUCUUCCAGGUCUAGAUGGGCGGCCCGGUCGCGAUGGGCAGCCUGGUCUUCCGGGGCCCAAAGGAGCUCCUGGAUCUUUGCAGGUGAGAGGAGACAGAGGUAGCCCUGGUGAUCCAGGUCCCCCUGGGAUCGCAGGAGACCGGGGCCCUCCAGGACCCCCCGGCUUUGGACCCCCUGGACCCCCCGGAGAAAAGGGUAUUCAGGGUGUCUCGGGAAGGCCUGGAUCUCCUGGUAUACCCGGUGCCAAGGGUGAGCCAGGCUUGACGGUGGCAGAAAAAGGCCAGCCGGGACCCAGAGGUCUGGAUGGUGAGCCGGGUCUUCCUGGCGCACCAGGAAACCCAGGUCAGCCUGGUCAGCCUGGUUUCCCUGGAUUACCAGGAGCCAAGGGUGAUCCUGGACUGCCCGGUAUUGGACUCCCUGGACCCCCUGGACCUAAAGGAUUUCCUGGUGUCCCUGGCCAACCUGGAGCUCCGGGAGGACUGGGAAGACCAGGGGUAGAUGGCCUUCCAGGCCAACCUGGAUUUCCUGGAGCAAAGGGUGAACCUGGCUUCGGCCUCCCAGGUCCACCAGGUUUACCAGGCGUACCUGGAGCUAAAGGCGUAACUGGACCUAAGGGAGAUCCCGGUUUCCCUGGAAGCCCUGGCUCUCCAGGGCGAUCAGGAUUUGACGGUGCACCAGGAUCGAAAGGUGAGCCAGGAACAUCUGGUAUCCCUGGAGCUCGUGGUCCACCAGGACCUCCGACGGCAGGCUCACGUGGACCCCCAGGGGCCCCUGGACUCCCGGGUCCAAUGGGCCCACCUGGAUUCCCUGGAGGGAAUGGAGCAAAAGGAGACCCCGGACCCCCAGGUUUAGACAUUCCCGGCUUGCCAGGAGAUAGAGGAAGUCCUGGUUUCCCCGGUUCCCCAGGACCAGUUGGAACCCCAGGACCCCCAGGAGGGCCUGGACGGGAUGGCCUUCCUGGGCUGCCAGGUGCCAAAGGAGACAUGGGUCCCAUUGGAUCUCCAGGACCAGCUGGAGGACCCGGUGGGCCUGGGGGACCUGGUGCUCCUGGUUUGAAAGGUGAACCUGGAUUCCCUGGUAGAGAUGGUGUUCCUGGUUCUUCUGGAAUCAAAGGAGAAAGAGGUAGUGUUGGCCCACCGGGAGCUCCUGGAUACAGCCCACCACCUUUGUCUUCAAAGGGUGAUAAAGGAGAACCAGGACUGCCAGGAGCACCAGGAUUUCCGGGCCAAAAGGGGAUCCCUGGUAUCUCUGGUGACCCUGGGCUUCCAGGAUCAGAUGGACGGCCAGGACUUCCUGGACCAUCAGGACCAAAGGGAGACCCUGGCAUUCCAGGAGGGCCAGGUGGGCCUGGAGCUCCUGGGCUAAAAGGCAGUAUGGGAGAAAUGGGAUUUCCAGGACCGUCAGGACAGAAGGGUUUGCCAGGCCAGCCAGGUCGACCUGGAACUCCAGGACAGCCCGGAGGACCUGGUUUCUCAGGACCCAAAGGGGAACCUGGUUCUGCUGGGGUUGGUCCACCUGGACCACCAGGAAUCAAGGGUGAUCCAGGCCAUUCCGGUUUCCCUGGAAGCCCAGGGCCUAAAGGGACUCCAGGUUUACCAGGCCUGCCAGGAUUACCUGGAGGACCAGGUGCCAAAGGUGAUCUAGGUCCACCAGGAUUUCAAGGAACCCCUGGUAUUCCCGGUCCAAAGGGUCUCGACGGUGGGCCCGGUGGCCCAGGCCUGACUGGAGCUCCUGGCCGACCAGGAGAGCCUGGCCGACCAGGAGGACCGGGAUUCCCAGGAGAUAAGGGUCAACCGGGUCGGGAUGGGAUCCCAGGGCCUGCUGGCGUCAAAGGAGAGCCAGGGCUCCCAGGCUAUGGUGAACCAGGAGCCCCUGGACUUCCAGGACUCCCAGGUGCCAAGGGAGACCCCGGUCCCGCCGGCCCAUCCGGCAGUCCCGGUUUCCCUGGUCCUAAAGGUGAGGGUGGUUUCCCUGGCGUUCCGGGUUCUCCAGGCCCUAUCGGCCCUCCUGGACCUGCAGGUCUGGCUCUACAGGGUCCCAAAGGAUUAACAGGACCCCCUGGACCACCAGGAAGAUCAGGUGUGCCUGGCCCACAAGGCCCUCGUGGUCCCCCAGGAAGUGGUGGCGUUAGGGGAGAGAAAGGUAUUCCCGGUGCUGCUGGCCAGCCAGGCUUCCCCGGACAGAAAGGAGACCCCGGCGUUCCAGGAUUCUCAGGUGCGCCUGGCCCUCCGGGUGUUUCCGGCGCAAAGGGUGACAUCGGUCUGCCUGGCGUUCCCGGAUUCCCGGGACCGAAAGGAGACCCAGGACUUUCCGGUGCCUCCGGCCUUCCCGGUGACCCUGGAGAUGUCGGACCGCCAGGGCUUCCUGGUGACCCCGGUCUUCCUCAGCCCCCCAUUGUGGUUAAGGGAGAGCGUGGACCCCCCGGGCCUCUGGGCCAGCCGGGUGCUGGGGGACUGCCAGGCUCCCCCGGACGUGAAGGGUCCCCAGGUCUGCCGGGUGACUCGGGGGAUCCUGGUCCAGAGGGUCCCCCUGGAUUCAGUGGCCCCCCUGGAAGGAAAGGAGACAACGGGCCUGCUGGUCAGCCUGGUCAGCGUGGCUAUCCGGGUCCUCCCGGUUCCGACGGUCCGCAGGGUCCUCCUGGUCUCCCGGGCUCGGGCUCGGCGGCCCACGGCUUCCUCAUCACCCGACACAGCCAGAUCCAGGAAGUACCCCUCUGUCCGGUCGGAACCAACCUCAUAUACGAUGGCUACUCCCUGCUGUACGUGCAGGGCAACGAGAGGGCACACGGGCAAGACCUCGGCACGGCGGGCAGCUGCCUGCGCCGCUUCAGCACCAUGCCCUUCAUGUUCUGCAACAUCAACAAUGUGUGCAACUUCGCCUCCCGGAACGACUAUUCCUACUGGCUGUCCACGCCCGAACCCAUGCCCAUGUCCAUGGCCCCCAUCACCGGCGAGAGCAUCAAGCCGUUUAUCAGCCGAUGCUCGGUGUGUGAGGCUCCUGCCAUGGUGAUCGCGGUCCACAGCCAAACCAUCCAGAUUCCCAACUGUCCCGCCAACUGGGAGGGUCUCUGGAUUGGUUACUCCUUCAUGAUGCACACCAGCGCCGGCGCAGAGGGCUCCGGCCAGGCCUUGGCCUCCCCUGGCUCUUGUCUGGAGGAGUUCCGCAGCGCUCCCUUCAUCGAGUGCCACGGCAGGGGGACGUGCAACUACUACGGCAACUCCUACAGCUUCUGGUUGGCCACAGUGGACGAAGGCGAGAUGUUCAGCAAACCCCAGUCAGAGACGCUGAAGGCGGGCAACCUGCGGACACGCGUCAGCCGCUGCGUGGUCUGCAUGAAAAGGACGUAACGCCGCACAGCGACCACCGCGUGGCGUAAACUGGUGGAAUUCCACUGGUGCAUUGUCUUCAAGCAAUAACAAUGGUGCUACUGUGCAACACAGCUUAAGAUAAAAAAAUAUGUCGUAAAGAAAUCUUUUUUUUUUUUUUGCUUUGUUUUUCCUAAGAAGUACCUCAAAACGAAAGCAGAACAAAAAAAAUCUACGAAAUGGUGCCAUGAUGAAUGUGUGACAGCAAACAUUCAUUUUUUCAUCCCCCUUCUAAAGAAAUGUCACUUCAAACGUGACGCAGGUGUUCCUCUACCUUUUCUACACGUGCUCUUUUUUUGUUGUUGUUCUCUUUUCUUCUUGACGAGGAGGGUGCAGAUAAAGCUCUCCGUGGGUAACCAAACGGGCACUUUGACUUCGGGACAUCCAAGAUGCGAGAUGCACUGACUAGGAGCUUUCCUUUGUGAGACCGACUUGUCUUUUUAUUCUGACCACUUUUUGUCUUCUUCCUCUGUCCUUUUCAUUUCGACGUCCGUCGGGACACGUGGUGGUACUAACCCUGCUGCAAACUCGCCUGCUAACUCCGCCUUCUUUCUUUUGUAAGUAAUAAAAUGUGUAUAUUGUGUAAAACACUUUUUAUUAGCCUAUUAGGUCUUCAAUUGGUAACGAGCUUUUUUUUUUUUUUUUUUUUUUUUGCUUACACUCGCUCACGCAAACAGAUAUUGUACAAAGUAAGGCUUUUAUGAAUGAAAACAGUAUUUUAUAUAUAAUAAAUAUAUAUAUUUCUUUAGAAUAAAAAAAAAGACGUUACUUGGCAGUGGGUGUUUUAAGGUCAUGCAUUUCACCAAAAAGCAAACUACUGAGCACGGUCAAAAGCCAUUUUUCCCUGCGACAGCUGUGUAUGAUAUGAACAUCACUUAAACCUUUUUCACUUAAACCUUUUUUUUUUAAUUCAAUUUGUAGAAUUAAUAAUAAAGAUGAAUUAAGGGGAUUUGUUUUGAGAUUGUCUGAUGAUCGGGGAAAUGUUUCACAGGAUUUGAAUUAAAUCUUGGCUUCUUGUUACACAAAAAAAACCAAGUCGUGUUGUUUCUUUUAACGUUUCCAGGUGUUGGGCUUUGCUGUAAAAUAGGGUUUUGCACCAAAAACUUCAAAAAUUUCACACUCAAUUCGACAAUCUAAUGUGUUCAGCAUUUAUAUGAGUCUAUAUUUUCCUGUGACUUUUUUUUUGUCAGACUGGGGUGCCACUCAAAUGUAUUUUUUUUUUUGCCCCCGUUAUGUUUCUGUUGUGAUAUUCCGAAGAUGUUUUAGCGAAAGACUGAAAUAAACACAAUUGACCAAA